AUGAUUACUGAGGAUCUGCUGAAGAUUAGCUCGAAUCAAGCUGUUAGUUUUGGCGAAGAAAUCUCUGGUAUAAGUAACAGCCAUGGUUCGUUUCAAAAUGAAGAAGUUGAUUCUAGUUGUACCAUUAGUCCAGGUGGCCGAAAGUACUAUAUUCCUGUUUGUGAAGAUCAUCUAAAACCGUUUGUUAAAAAAUCUUUUCCAUCUUUGGAGUCUGGUAUUGCUUUUUAUAAGGAUUAUGCACUGUUGAGUGGAUUCGAUAUACGUCGUAGUGCUCAAAAAACAGAUUCUGACGAUGAGACUGUAAUAAGCAAGUACCUUCUUUGUAAUAGAGCUGGUUUUACUGAAAUUAAGAAGAAAUCUUUAGAUUGCAGCAAGGGCAAAGCACGUAAAAAGAGGACUAUGUCAGGGAGAUGUGGUUGUGAUGCAAAAUUGGUGUUACGAUUUGCUCCAGGGAACAUAUAUUUUGUUUCUAAUUUUGUUGAAGCUCAUAAUCAUUCAUUGGUUCCUGAAGGUUCUAGGCAUUUUUUAAAAGGACGUCGUAAAAUGUCGACUUGUUCUAUGAAUUUUGUAUUUGAUGCUAGUAAAGUCAAUAUUGGUGCAAGCAAAUCUUUUAGGAUGAUGAAAGAGUUAGUUAAAGGUUAUGAAAAUGUUGGAGGUACGUCGAGAGAUUUUAGGAAUUUUGAUAGAGAUAUGAAAGCUUUUAUUGGUGAAGCUGAUGGUCAAAUGAUUAUUGACAAGUUCAAGGUUUUGCAAGAAACAGACCCCAUGUUUUUCUACGAGUAUGAUGUUGACCUAGCUGGCAAUCUUACCAAACUAUUCUGGGCUGAUUCGACGGCAAGAAGAAAUUAUGAACUAUAUGGAGAUGCUGUUUCUUUUGAUCCAACAUUUAAUACAAAUAAGUACAAUAUGGUGUUUGCCCCCUUUACUGGUGUUGAUAAGCACAAUAAGUGCGUCACAUUUGCAUCCACUCUUCUUUCGAGAGAAGAUGUGACAAAUUUUACUUGGGCGUUUAAUGCAAUGUUGAAAGCUAUGAGGAGAAAUCCCGUUGUUUUAGUCACGGAUCAGUGUCCUGCUAUGAAACAAGCUGUACCUGAAUGUUUUAAAGCAACCGAUGAAUUUCCUGCGUCCAGGCACCGUUUGUGCAUGUGGCAUAUCACUGAAAAGUUUCCUGCUAAGGUAUAUAUUGUCUUAGUUAUUUGUAAUAUCCAUUGUGAUUUUUGUGUUUAAAAUGUUAAGUGCAGAUACAAUAUAUUAUGUUUUGUUGUGUCCAAUUUGAUCAGUUUUUAGUUCAGAUGCAGUAUAUUAUGUUUUGUUGUGUCCAAUUUGAUCUAUUUUUAAUUUUGCUCCAUUUACUUGUUUUA